UAAUUUUAUUAUUGUUAUUAAAAUAACGGCUUAUAAUCUUCGAAGUGCUGGUAACGAUCCAGAAUUUACUGGUGAUUUAUUAACAAAAACAUCUGAACGUACAGUAAAAAGAUUAACUCUGGACUCAUUAAAUAAUACUACCGAACAAAUUCAAACAAUGUCUCACACUGCACAAAAUUCAGCGAUGAUGAUAUGUUAUCGUGAAUGUUUAUCAAAUCUGGACAAAUUCAAUGGUGGUGAAGAUCAAAAAGUUUCACAAUAUAUUAAUAAUAUUGAAAGGAUUGGAAGAAUGAUUAAUGCAAAUGAUGAUAUUUUACAUUGUAUGUGUACAGCAAAAUUAGAUGGGGAAGUGAAACGCUGGUAUGAAGACAAUAUGACAUUAACCAAAUGGGAAAAUUUAAAACCAGCAUUAUUAGAAAGAUUUACAACAUCGGAUUCAACAUCGAAAAUAUUUGAACAAUUGAAAGAACGAAAACAAAAAUCAGAUGAAACAAUUACAUCGUAUUAUGAUGCUGUCAUCAAAUUAUGUCGUGAGUAUGAUUCAUCCAUGUCACAAAAAAUGAUGAUAUCGUGGUUACAAAAUGGAAUUAAAGAUUCAUUGAAGACUCAAAUUAAACGACAAAUGAAAUUGUUACCUGAAUCAGCACGAACAAUUCAAGCAUUCUUAAAAAUUGCUAAAGAUGAACAAGAAUUACAAGAAGAAGAUUCUUCUGAACUCCAAGCAACACAAUCUUAUUUACCAUACAUUACGAAUACCGUAUCAACAACAGCACAACAAAUACGAAGCAACUCCGAAAGGAUACCAACAUUAACAUACUCACCAUCACGACACACAACAUAUAAACAAUAUGCUCCAUCAUCCAACCCUUUAGAUUCAUUAAAGUCACAACAAAAAAAUUACAGUUCAACUUCCCGACCAUCACCUAUUUUACAUAAACGGGAAUCACAUUAUUCAUCAAUUAAUAAUUCAUCACGACGUCAAGACGUAAAUGUUAAACCUUAUUCACCUACACAACAUGAUUUUCAACGACGACCGUGUGGUGUAUGCCAACGCAUUAAUCAUCGAACAAUUGAUUGUUAUUACAAGAAAUUAUAUGGAUCUGGAACCCGUGAUGGUGGUCACUCCAGUAGUAAAGAAAAUCCAUCAACAACAAAUUAUACAUCACCAACAUCAUCAACUCCUAUUCAUAUAAAAGUUCAAGUAAAUAAUAAACAACAUCAAGCUAUUGUCGAUACUGGAUCUGCAGUCACCAUUAUUAAUCAACAAUUAUUAAAAACAAUUUAUCAUAAGGAAUUUACUUACAAGAAGAAAUUACACAAAUCAGCCAAUUGUUCAUCGAUUAAUAUUAUUGGUGAAAUUCAACUUGAAAUUAAAAUACAAGGACAUAAAACAUUAAUUUUAGCAGAUGUUGCAACUAAUCUUAUUACUGAUUUAUUACUUGGAAAUGAUUGGAUUACAGCAAACAAUGUUAUUAUCGAUUCACCACAACAAUGCAUUUAUCUCACUGACAACAAACGAAACAUUCUAGUAACAGCAACAUUCGUUAAACCGGCACACCUUCAAUUACCAGUACUAUUAACCGAUGAAAUUACUCUUCCACCGCACUCCGAAAAAUGCGUAAACAUCAAAGUAUUAUCACCAACAAUGAACAUAACCGAAGCUUUAUUUGAACCAGCAGCAUAUUUAUAUUCGAAACAAAUGUUACUUACGAAUGCAUUAAUUAAGUUAGAAGACAACAGAAGUCAAGUUAUGAUUUUGAAUGCAAAUGAUCGUCAAAAGACUUUAUCGAAGAAUACAUCAUUAGGAUAUAUUACAUAUCAAUCCAAAGCCAAUAACUAUCUUAUUUUACCAGUAUUAACAAAAAAUAAAACUGAUCGAUCAACACCUAUAACAUCGAAUUUUUACAGAAGGAACAACUCUUUUGUGAGUCGUUCCUGGAUUACUUCAAUGAAUAAUAAGAGGAAAGUUCAAUCUACGAACUUUACCUGUCAAAUGAACGACAAUAUCGAUCCUGAACAUCAAUGUUAUGUAUGUCAAGAACAAUUUUUAUCACGGAAUGAUUUACAACAGCAUUUACGCCGAACAUGUUAUCCAUCAGAAAUGCGAGAACAAAUUGGAAAACUAACUCAACACAUCGAAAACGACAAACAACAACAACAAUUACAGCAACUUUUAUGGAAACAUGGUAAAUUAUUUGAUAUUCGUCAACCGUCCAUCAUCAAAGCUACAGUACAUCACGCUAUUGAAACUGGCACUCAUCCACCAACUUAUACUCCACCAUAUCGUGUUUCUUACAAGGAUGAACAAAUACAGAGAGAAGAAAUUGAUAAAUUACUCAAACAAGGAAUAAUCGAAGAAUCUACAUCACCAUGGUCAUCACCUAUAGUAUUAGUGAGAAAAAAAGAUGGUUCUGUUCGAUUUUGCAUUGAUUUUAGGAAAUUAAACAACAUUACGACCAAAGAUGCAUUUCCUAUGCCUCGAAUCGAUGAUAUCUUUGAUCAUUUAUCAGAAGCCGAAUAUUAUACAACCAUUGACUUUAAAUCUGGUUAUUUUCAAGUGGGACUUGACCCAAAAGAUCGUCCAAAAACAGCUUUCUCAACUCGAGAUCAACAUUAUCAAUUUACAGUAUUACCUCAAGGUGUUACAAAUGGUCCACCAGCAUUUCAACGCAUCGUCAGUCAAAUACUUGGACCUACAAGAUGGCAACAUUCAUUAGCUUAUCUUGAUGAUGUUAUAAUAUAUUCACCAACAUUUGAUCAACACCUUAUUCAUCUCGAUGAUGUUCUUAAUCGAUUAAACAAUGCAAAUUUCCGCCUCAAUGUAAAUAAAUGUCAAAUAGCAAAAACAGCAAUUGAUUUUCUUGGUCAUCACAUCGAACAUAGUAAUGUUAGACCAAAUGCAGACAAUAUUCGUGCAUUAAUAGAAACUCAACAGCCAACAACAGCGAAAGAAGCUUUUCGAUUUGUUAAAGCUGCUGAAUAUUAUCGUAAAUUUAUACCAGGAUUUUCUACUAUUGCACAACCUUUAUAUAAAUACGCACCUACUACAAAAGAACAACGAUCACAAAAAUCACAAUCUACUCUCAUUAAUUUAUCAGAUGAUGAAAUACAUGCAUUUAAUGAAUUAAAACGAAUAUUAACGCAUGACUUAGUAUUACGUAUUCCAGAUCAAAAUUUAUCAUUCAAGAUACAAACCGAUGCAUCAAAGAUUGGAAUUGGAGCUGUUCUUAUGCAGACUCAUCCAAAUGGAGAUUUACCAAUUGCAUAUUUAUCGAAGAAACUUACAACAACACAAAUGAACUGGCCUGCAACAGAACAAGAAUGCUAUGCUAUUAUAUUUGCAAUUGAAAAAUGGCACAAAUAUUUAGAUGGACGUUCAUUUAUAAUUGAAACGGAUCAUAAACCAUUAUUACCAUUUAAUACGAAAAAACAAUUAAAUUCGAAAUGUGAACGAUGGCGUUUGAAAUUACAACAAUAUCAAUUUACUAUACGAUAUAUUAAAGGAAAACAUAAUACAGUAGCAGAUUAUUUAUCUCGUUCACCUGUAGACAAUGCAACAAAUGAUGAAGACGAUUAUACUCCAACGACAUCCAGAGCAACACAAACUGAUAAUCAUAUGCAGACACAAAUUAUUGCACCUAUUAUGACUCGUAGACAAGCAAGACAACAGCUUAAUGAGAGGACUGAUCAUCACGUACCAGAUCAGACCUGUAAUGGAAAUCGACAAUAG